AGCUAUUUUCUUCGCGAGCCGGGCCCACCCAGAAGCAACUAUGUCUAAGGGACCUGCAGUUGGCAUUGAUCUUGGCACCACCUACUCCUGUGUGGGUGUCUUCCAGCAUGGGAAAGUGGAAAUAAUUGCCAACGAUCAGGGAAACCGAACCACCCCAAGUUAUGUCGCCUUUACGGACACCGAACGAUUGAUCGGUGAUGCUGCAAAGAAUCAAGUUGCAAUAAACCCCACCAACACAGUUUUUGAUGCCAAACGCCUCAUUGGGCGUAGAUUCGAUGAUGCUGUUGUCCAAUCUGAUAUGAAGCAUUGGCCCUUCAUGGUGGUGAAUGAUGCUGGCAGGCCCAAGGUCCAAGUAGAAUACCAGGGAGAGCCCAAAAGUUUCUCUCCAGAGGAGGUGUCUUCUAUGGUCUUGACGAAGACGAAGGAAAUCGCAGAGGCUUACCUUGGGAAGCCUGUUACCAGUGCUGCAGUCACAGUACCUGCCUACUUCAACGAUUCUCAGCGCCGGGCUACCAAAGGUGCCGGAACUAUUGCUGGUCUUAAUGUACUCAGGAUCAUCAAGGAGCCGACUGCUGCUGCCAUUGCUUAUGGUUUAGACAAAAAGGUUGGAGCUGAAAGGAAUGUGCUAAUCUUUGACUUGGGAGGUGGCACUUUUGAUGUGUCCAUCCUCACUAUUGAAGAUGGGAUCUUUGAGGUCAAGUCUACAGCUGGAGACACCCACUUAGGUGGAGAAGACUUUGACAACCGCUCUGUCUCACUCUUUCUCUCAAAAAAAAAAAAAAAAGUA